GUCGGGCCAGCAAUCACUUACUCCUGGUCAGUCAACGGCAGACGGCGGCAGCUAGUUAGCAGAGGCUUGUAGAUACUUAUAUACACCAAACAGCAAAAAUAUGGGAGACGAAAUUGAUCUUAGUAACAGGGAUCCCAACUCUCUGAACAGCCAUCUAGGGACUCUUCAUUUCAACGACAUUUUCGGCGAACCUGAUGGUACCCACAGUAUUGACUGCGUCUGGAAACUGUCCCACGCCUGCUUUAACCUCUGGAAAAACCUCUGCUACAAACUGAUGACCCUGUGUUUCGGUUGCUGCAUCGCCGCAGAGUGGGGCUGUGAGUUUGCCUACAUCGCCUUCUACCACGUCUGGUACAUCACUCCAUGCUUCAAGUGGCUUGAGAUCAACUGCGGGGUUUGCCAACGUCUCUAUGCUAUGUGCAUCAACUGCUGCAUGACGCCAUGCUUCGAAUCUUGUGGUGGAAUCUUCCAUCAUUUUAAGAAAUGAACAUAGCAACUGAUUAAACUUUUUCUAGUCUUCGUCUGACUUGUUUUUCAAACUUUAUAUGUGAUUCAUUUUUCACAUUGCAUCUGUGAUAAAUAAUAUUUAUAUUUCAUGUCCAAAGUUUUCGGAUUUUUCGCCGAUGUGUACAUGUUUUUAUGUAAGAGAGAAAUAAAGUUCCUUUUUAUUUAAAGACAGUUA